AAAACUUGCAGUCAUUUUCCGUUGCCUUAUCACUCAUCUGUGCACAUUACACGACUGCACGUGCGUCCUUUAUCAACGGUUGUGGACAUGUGGCCCGUGGGUGCCGGGUAGUAAAGGUAAAGCACCAAACUCAAUUACUCAAAGUUUAAAACUACUUUUAAAAUAGAUGAAUAAAAUAGAUUUCAUUUAUUUUGUGGUAAAGCUGUAAAAAAGUUCCUUGAAGUUUGAAUUUCUUCUAUUUUAUGUAAAAAGAUAUAGUUAUUGUAGUACUUAUCUAAAAUACAUAUUUCUCUUCAACUAGGUAUGUAUAUACUUAGUACAUGCACGGAAUUUCUAUAGUAAAUCAUAAUUGUUUCAAAACUAUUUUCUAUGAAUGGAUUAUGAUUUAUUACAUACAUGAAUCCACACUGUCACAACUGCUGAUGAAAUGAAUUCGUCGUUAGUCGACGAUGAUUUGGAUCUGAACGUUUUUGACCCAUAUACACAAGCCGCGUUGAUCAAAGGAGGUUUUCUAUUAUCCACAAAUAUUUUAAAGUAUACUGAGGAAGAAUUUAGAAAAAAAGUUAAUUUGACUGUAGAAGCCACUCGUCGUGUGUAUAUUGCAGCAGCUAACAUAAGUGCAUCAAAUGUCAAAUGUCAUCAAGAGCUAAAUAAUAAAGUUCUUACUACAGGCUGUAUACAGAUUGAUAAACUUUUAGGGGGAGGAUUAUUCAAAUGUGGUAUCACAGAGAUCUCUGGGGAAAGUGGUUGUGGGAAAACACAAUUUUGUUUACAGAUUGCACUUACUGUUCAAUUACCAUUACCACUCAAAGGAGCAAAGUCUGGAGCUGCAUACAUUUGUACUGAAGACCGAUUUCCUUCUAGUCGAAUACAACAGAUGAUUUCUAAUAUUCGUUUUAAGUAUAAAUGUGAUAAUAAAAUUGAUAUGAAUGAAUUAUGUCAAAUAGAUUAUGGAGACAAUAUUCUAAUUAGUCACGUAGCCACUGUGGAAGAUUUAAAAAAAUGUAUCCAUGAAAUGCUUCCAAAAGCAUUGUUACAUAGACCUAUAAAACUCAUUAUUAUUGAUAGUAUAACAGCUGUGUUUCGUGGAGAAUAUACAUUAAGUGAGUUACCUCGUAGAUCUAGAGAUCUCAGAGAUAUAGCGUUUUUUCUACAUAAGCUAUCUGUUGAACAUGGGCUAUGGAUCAUAUGUGUUAAUCAGGUAACAUCAUCAAUGUCAGAUAACAGUGGAAAGAAAUUAGUUCCAUCUUUGGGACUUUCAUGGGCAAAUUUAGUGACUACUAGACUUAUGAUGUCUAGAACACAGUCUUCUAGAUAUAUAGAAGUAAUGUUCAGCCCACAUACGGCUUCAACAAGUAUUCCUUUUAGAAUUACUGAACAAGGGAUUGAAUCUAACUAAAAUGCAUUGUUUAUCAACAACAGUAAUUAUAUUUUGAAUUAUUUUCAUAUGAUCAGUCAUGAAGUAUUUUUUUUUCAUGAUAUAUAUAUAUAUAUAUUGAUUUUACAAAAUAUAUUUAUAUAAAAAUAA